GGCGGGAAUCCGAAAAGUCACAGGCUGUUUUUUUCCACCAGCUUGAGCUUUAAUUUGCGAUUUCGUUAGAGCAGAUCCCUGCAUAAACUCGAAUAUGGUUCGUACAAAGGCUGAUGGUGUACCUGGGACGUACAGAAAGGCUGUGGCUGCAUCCGCACCAAGAAAGUCGCUUGGAUCCUCCAGCUCUGCAAAUGCAUCCUGUAAUUCUCAAGCAAGUGCUUCUGCCAAAAGUAAGUAUGCUGGCGGUAAUCCUGUGUGCCCGAGGCCGACUCCUGCGUGGCAGAAGGGCAUCGGGGAUUUCUUUGGCGGACCUAGCCGAAAACCAGAGAAGGAGAACGAGCUGCCAUUAUCGGAGGAAGAAGCUGGUAGCAGCAGUGCAUCCAAGGCUCCUAGGAGAGCCAGACCACUGUCAGAUGAUGAAGAGGAUGAAUGAAGUGUGUACGCCUGUUUAUUUUAAGCAAUUUUAAAUGACUUGGGUCGUAAUGUGUUUUUUUUUUUUUUUUUUUGUAUAUUUUUGUACAUAGCUUCUUUAUCGAUGAAGAGAUCAAUAAAUGACACUUCUCUCUUUCAUCUUUGUGUGAAUGUACUGGUGCCUCUUUUGAUACUGUAUGAAUAAAAGUUAACAUUUCCA